AUGUUGCUCUCGGAAGAACCAGCAACCCUCAUCCACCACACAAUCAACAACUUUAACAUCAACCCAGACAAGCUCGCCGUCUCGCGCAUCACAGAGUCCCUCUCAACCCUCCAGCAAGCCCGCGACCUCCGCGCCCGCGAGGCCGAGACGGCCCUCAAGAAGCUCUCCCGCCAACUCGCGACCCACACGUCCCGCCACGAUGACCUCGUAGCUUCGCACUCGUCUGCAGACCACGCGUCAAACAUUGCGCGCCUCGACACGCUCAAGUUUAGAACUGCAAAGGCUGCCGCCGAUGCUGAGACGGAAGCUGAGCGGCUCGCUCUCGCUGCGGCGGAUCUCAAGGCACGACUGCACGAGCUCGAGCUCCAGGGCGUCGAGGGUGAUGCGGCUGCCGCGGCCAGACGAAGGGAUCCCGUUGAUGAUGAGGUGCUUCUGAGGCUCAAGGUGUACCGUAGCCUGGGCAUCGACCUCGAGAGGGAUGAAAGGGACGGGGAGUGGUCCAAGGCGGUGAUACGGAACGAUCGCAAGGGUGACGUCCACGUGGUCAACAUGGACAAGAAGUUUUCGCGCUUCUUUUAUGCAAACUACUUUUGGCAGACCCUGUAA